CGCAGUGCUGACGUCAGGGUUUCCGUAGCGCCAUGUUGGUUUAGUUACAUCAGGGUGUAGUAGCCAGCUAGCUAAGCGGUUUGCGGUAUAAAUAUCAUGGAAGGGAGUCUCUGACGACGGCCAAACUUACAUUUGGAGGUGAGGCUUUGACCUUCUGCAUCCUGAGACCAUGUUGGCACAUCUGUUCAGGCUCCAUGGCCUGCUGGUGGCCUCCCACCCAUGGGAGGUAAUAGUGGGCACCCUCGCUCUCACUGUCUGCCUCGUGUCCAUGAACAGCCUGGCAUCUAGCAGUCAGGUGUGCACCUGGAACGAGUGCCCCAAAGUCGAGGAGAAAGUCCACAGCAGUGACAUAAUCAUCCUGACGGUCACUCGCUGCAUGGCCAUCGUUUACAUCUAUUUCCAGUUCAAGAAUCUCAGACAACUGGGAUCCAAAUAUAUACUGGGUAUUGCAGGAUUAUUUACCGUGUUUUCCAGCUUUGUUUUCAGUACAGUGGUCAUCCACUUCUUUGGGAAAGAGCUGACAGGCCUUAAUGAAGCUCUGCCGUUCUUCCUCCUGCUCAUCGACCUGUCCAAAGCCUGUGCACUGGCCAAAUUUGCCCUCAGCUCGAACUCUCAGGAGGAGGUGAGGGAGAAUAUUUCCCAGGGCAUGGCCAUCCUGGGCCCCACCUUCACCCUGGAUGCUCUGGUUGAGUGUCUGGUCAUUGGGAUUGGCACUAUGUCAGGUGUGCCUCAGUUAGAGAUCAUGUGCUGUUUUGGCUGUAUGUCUGUCCUGGCCAAUUAUUUUGUCUUCAUGACCUUCUUCCCUGCUUGUGUCUCCCUGGUCCUGGAGCUGUCCAGGGAAAGUCGCGAGGGUCGUCCAAUCUGGCAGCUGAGCCACUUUGCCCGUGUGCUGGCUGAAGAAGAGGACAACAAGCCCAAUCCUGUGACCCAGAGGGUUAAAAUCAUCAUGUCUCUGGGUCUAGCUUUGGUUCAUGCCCAUACCAGACUAGCAGCUGAGAAUCCAGGUCAUAAUCGAACGGCGGAGGGGCCCAUAGCUAAGAGACUGGAGUCUGGUGGUUCCAUGUGGCCUCUGAAGCUCACCAGUAUGGACAUGGAACAGGUGAUAACCCUCGGCCUUGCCCUGCUCCUGGCUGUGAAGUACGUCUUCUUUGAGCAAACAGAGACGGAGUCUUCUCUUUCCCUCAUGAGUCCCAUUAUCAGCUCCCCUCCAACUCAGAAGCCCAGGGUGGCGGGGGACUGCUGCAGGAGGGACCUCCCAUCCCAGAAACUCACGAAUGGUAUCCCGGCAACCAGCCCUACCUCCCUGGCUGUCUCAGAGGCUAAAGUCUCCCCUGAGGCUCACACAGCGAUCAGAGAGCGGGAAGUGUCAGAGGCUCCAGCAGUCUCAGUGGAAAGCGGCCCCUGUGUUGGGGAAUCUCCUGCUCCGACACCUUCUGUUCCUCUGAGCGGCUCGAAUUCAGAGCCCCGUACGCUGGAGGAAUGUAUGGCCAUCCUCUCAGACCCUCAGAGAGGUGCCCGGUUCCUCAGCGAUGCAGAGGUGAUGAACCUGGUAACCUCACGUCACAUCCUGAACUACAAACUGGAAUCGGCUCUUGAGACUCCAGAGAGGGGCGUGUCCAUCAGGAGGGAGAUGUUAUCACCCAAACUGCCUGUUUCCUCUGCCUUGGCUUGUCUCCCUUACAAAGACUAUGAUUAUUCUAAGGUGAUGGGUACUUGCUGUGAGAACGUCAUCGGGUAUAUGCCGGUGCCAGUAGGAGUGGCGGGGCCUCUUCUGUUGGACGAGAAGCAGUUUUACGUUCCUCUGGCGACCACAGAGGGCUGUCUGGUCGCCAGCACUAACAGAGGAUGCAGGGCGCUUUCUCUGAGCGGGGGCUGCCACAGCAGGAUCCUAGCUGACAGCAUGACCAGGGGCCCCGUGGUGAGACUGCCCUCGGCCUGCCGGGCUGCAGAGGUCAAAGUCUGGCUCGAGACCUCGGAGGGUUUCAGCCUGAUCAAAGAGGCCUUCGACCAGACCAGCAGGUUUGCUCGUCUGGAGAAGCUGUUGGUCAGCGUCGCUGGGAGGAACCUGUACAUUCGCUUCCAGUCUCAGACAGGAGACGCCAUGGGCAUGAACAUGCUCUCCAAGGGGACUGAGCAGGCUCUGCACAGACUGCAGCAGCAGUAUCCAGAUGUGGAGGUGCUGUCGGUCAGUGGCAACUAUUGCACCGACAAAAAGUCUGCCGCCAUAAACUGGAUCCUGGGCCGGGGCAAGUCUGCUGUGUGUGAGGCCACCGUCCCUGCUAAGGUGGUCAGAGAGGUGCUGAAGAGCAGUACAGCCGCUCUGGUGGAGCUGAACGUCAACAAGAACUUGGUGGGCUCAGCCAUGGCCGGCAGCAUAGGGGGCUUUAAUGCUCACGCUGCCAACAUCGUGGCAGCGAUAUACAUCGCCUGCGGACAGGAUCCUGCUCAGACAGUGGAGAGCUCCAGCUGCAUCACUCAGAUGGAGCCUGCUGGUCCAGAUGGAGAAGACCUGUACAUCAGCUGCACCAUGCCCUCCAUAGAGCUGGGUACCGUGGGAGGAGGCACCAACCUGCCGCCACAGCAGGCCUGUCUGCAGAUGCUUGGUGUCCAAGGUACGAGUCCGGACCGGCCUGGUGAGAACGCCCGUCAGCUGGCCCGUGUAGUCUGUGCCACCGUCCUGGCAGGAGAGCUCUCCCUGAUGGCUGCUCUCGCUGCCGGACACCUCGUCAAGAGCCACAUGACUCACAACCGAUCUAAAACAAAUUUGUCCAAAACGCCUGCGACAAAGUCAGAGGCAGCCGCGUGACAUUAAACGUUGAAGGUCCAUCUUCAGAGUCAGCCAGGGCGAACUAACCGGCACCAAACUUCGCUGUGAGGACUGAAGGGGUCUCCUAAUGACGUGGUUCUGAAGGGAGAGCUGUUGUUGGGUUGUGGAAUUCCAGAUGUUAAAGACUAACAGGCUAAUAGCCUGCACAUGCUGAACAGCACAGCUGAUGUGCGCUUGCUUUGUGUGUCGCCCGACUGAUUGCAAAAAGACGCUCUGGGCUGAGUCGUUAUGCUGCGGUUACUAAUUUGUGCCAUGUGUCUGCAUCUUAACGUUGCAGUAGUGUUUGAAAAAGCCUUCGCUGCUGUCGGCGCUGAGCUGAACUGGGAAUCAUGAUUGGACCGGAUCCUCCGUGCUCGAACAGGUGUCCUGUGCCUCUUAAAAGCCAAGAGCUUUUUCCGUCGCACACGGAAAGACGCAGCUUCUGCAUUAAUUUCGGUGUAAAGUGCAUGAGGUGAGAUGUUCUGUUGCCGAAGAAUUCAUCUUCAUGCUUGUGAAAAACUUGAGACGGCGCUGUCACUGCAACAAGUGCCAUCCGCUGAAGCUUAAAACGCCAACUUCCUGCCUGAAUGUAUGUUGUAACUUUAUCAGUGUUGUAGGAAAUCACUUGCACAACCCUUCCUGAGCUGAGGUGCUGCUGUAUACUGUGUAUACUGUAGAAAGACUGUGGCUGUUGGACCUGAGGUUUGUGUCACAGCAUGGUUUGUUCAGACCGUGAUCGACCGCUCAGACAGCUCGCAGGUUACUUUCUGUGUUAAGGCCGACAGGAGAACCAAAGCCAUAUGAAUUCAUGUAAUAAACUUUUAUGGUACUCUUUUAUGUGCGACACUCUUGAUUGAAUGGCAUGGAGGAAGUGAAAGGAUGGGUUUAAAGCGUCACUGACCACAGGUCCCGCAGGUUCUUGUAUCGUCAUUUUGGGACAACAGUGAUGCUCAGAGGUGGCCUUACAUACAGCUGAGCCUUAGCAUGUUCUAGUUAGAAUAUUCAAUUAAAAGCUAUUCGUGUCAAAAAGAUUGUAUUAUGUUUUAUUUAAAAAAAUAAAUAACACUACGUUCCGUCAUUCUCAUGUGUCCUUCGUCUUUCUGUGACAUGAAUAAAUGGCUCCAAACACGGAAAACCGGAGGAUAAACUUAUUUAUUUCACUUUUAAAAUGGCACAAGUGCCACGUUGUCACAGUACAUUUGUAAGUUGAUCCCACAACAUUAGUAUGAACAAAUUUACAAAACUGUAUUUCUAAUUACAUUCAGUUUUAACAACCUGCUAAAAACUAAACUUGUAUUAGAAAUGUCUGCUUUUAGGUGAAAGAGCUUCCGCCUGGCGUCUCCACUGAGCUGAAAGGCUGAGCAUCAUCCGGCUUCACUUUGCCUCUCACCCACAUCUUUCAGCUACAAGCUCUAAAAUCAAAAGGCUUAAAGGGCUAAGACUGAUAACGCGGCUGCGCAUCUAUCGUCAACGGUAUGACCACAGAGAGAAAAUUUAGUGAUGUCCACAAGCUGAAAUAGUACUCAGGCAGAGGUACUGGUCAUUCAGUUUGAAAAGUCUGGAAAAUUAUUAAGGUGAUAAAAAGUUCAACUGAAUUUU